AUGGCCACAGUGAUAUCUGUUCUUUACAGCGCCUGUUCUCAAGGACACUGGGAUUGCCAUGAGGCAACAACUGCUGAUAUUCUUCUCACACCACCCCCUCAUGUGGCGCCAGAUUGUAACGUUUCUGCUGGAAUGGAACCCACAGAAUGUGUCACUGAAUGUCCACUCACAUGUUCAAACUACCAUCAUCACCAACAAUGCCCUAUGUCUGUUUGCGUCCCUGGUUGCAGAUGCAAGAAAGGCUACGUGCUGGAUACUACAUCCAAUAUAUGUGUGAAGCCUCAGAAUUGCCCUUGCCAUCACAGUGGAAGGAGUUAUGAAGAAGGAGCUCAAGUGACUAUGGAUUGCAAUACUUGCAUAUGCGAAGGUGGUUCAUGGAAUUGUGAUUCGAACCCCUGUCCUGGUCUGUGUAGUGCGUGGGGCGAUUCCCAUUUCGAAACGUUCGACGGUCGGCUUUUCGAUUUUGACGGCAUAUGUGACUAUGUCAUGGUGAAAGCACACGUUACUGACUCUGUUAUUUUCUCGGUUGUCAUUCAAAACGUCCCUUGUGGAAUCGGAGGAGGAGCUAAAUGUGGAAAGGCUGUUUCUAUUACACUAGGGUCCUCGAAUGUUAUUUUGACUCGGGAGCAUCCUCUGCCUGUAGUUCCUGAAACUUCUGGGUUCACAGUGAGUUCUGCUGGGAUGUUUACUUUGGUCAAUACUGAUAUUGGCAUCACAAUCCAGUGGGAUCGAAACACAAGAGUGUACGUUAUAGCUCAGCCCAUGUGGGAAAGCAAGUUGCAAGGCUUGUGCGGAGAUUUUAAUUCAGAUGCUUCUGACGACUUUCGACCUCCAUCUGGCGGCAUACCUCUCGUCUUAGCUAAAGAUUUCGCAGAUAGUUGGCGAGUACAUAAGUAUUGCAAGCCAGCCAAGCAACCUAAAGAUGCAUGUGAAGAAAAUCCAGAAAGAAGAUCGUGGUCUCGUCAGAAAUGCAUUGUUUUGAAAUCUGACCUCUUUAAGCCUUGUCAUCACCAAGUCGAAGUGGAAGAAUAUUAUAAGAGAUGUGUUUUUGAUACAUGCGCCUGCAAUGCCGGUGGAGAUUGUGAAUGCCUGUGCGCAGUGAUUGCAGCUUAUGCUCAAAAAUGUGCCCAUCGUGGUAUUGUCUUGCCAUGGAGAUCUCAAGAACUGUGUCCUAUACAGUGUGAAGCAUGUGACAGGUAUUCACCAUGUAUCUCUCUUUGCCCACCUCCCAACUGUGACACCUACUUGGAUUCCCCGGAGGUACAUACCUGUAAUCGCGAUCCUUGCGUUGAAGGCUGCGAACCCAAACCCUGUGAAGCUGGGUACGUUCACAAGAGCGCCACUAAUAUCACAUGCGUCCCAGAAGAGUUUUGCAGACAGAAACCUUGUGCCGUUAUUGAUGAAGUUCCGUACAGGGAAGGAGAAAGAAUAAAAAGUGAAGACGUCGGAGAUGCUUGCCAAUCAUGCUAUUGUCGCCAUGGUGCAGUUGAAUGCGUUGGAGUGCCAUGUACAGAAGCCAUCAUAACUACUACACGUCCUUAUAUCGUAGAAGUCAUGGAUCAGUGUAAAUUUACAGGAUGGACAGAUUGGUUUAACUCUGUUGAUCCGAGCACUAAUGCUGGUCGUGACUUCGAAAAACUUGGAAAAUUAGCUGACGACUUGCGGCUGCCAUGUCCUAUAACCCACGUGAAAAGUGUUCAGUGUCGUGAUGCUAACACUCUUGUUCCAGUCGAUCCAACUAAUGAACAAGUUACCUGUGAUUUAGAAACUGGACUGGAAUGCAACACUGGGAACUGCCUCGAUUACGAAAUGCGAGCUUAUUGCCAAUGUCAAGAAGAAGUUACCUGCCCACGUGGUCAAGAAUGGAACGCAUGCGCUUUCGAGUGCGAAAAUUCCUGCCAAGCUCUGCAAGAGGAUUUAAAGCAACAAGGCUUAUGCAAUAACGGUGAAAAAUGUGCACCUGGCUGCACUGCAAAUGUUUGCAGGCUUCCUUAUUUAGCUCGUGACCCCAAAACAUGUGUCCUUCCUGAGACAUGUACCUGCAAACUGAGCACAGGAUUCGUUUUAGCUCCUGGUCAAGUAGUGACGAGUGGUUGUGAGAAAUGUCAGUGUCUCAAUAACACUCUGAUAUGUUCUGCUACACAUGAUUGCAAAGCUCCGGAAAUAAGAACGCUACCUCCUGGAGUUACAGGAACAGCUGUGGGCUUACCAUACACACCACCAACUCUCGUUUGCAAAGAUGGAUGGACUGGUUGGUUGAACACCCAUCUACCAGACCGUGACGGUGAUACGGAAUUGUUAGUGGAUCUCAUCGAUAAAGGACUAGUUCCAUGUUCCUUGGAAGACAUUAAAGAAAUCAAUUGUCGCAACGCCAAAGAUCCUCAGAUCGAAAUGCAAGACGGCGUCUUUUGCGAUCUUAAGGCUGGCGGAUUAGUGUGCAGGAACAGGGAUAUGAUCAAGCCUUCUCGUUGUUCGGACUACGAGAUACGUGUGUUCUGCUCAUGCGCAGAAAUACCUGAAGUAGCCAAAACCACUACUGAAACCACACUGCCAAUAUAUGGAACAACUAAAAUCUUUGAGGUUACUUCGCCUUCUUUCAAACUUGUGACUUUCAAAGGCGCUAAACCACAAGUAGGAAAACGUCCACAUUUGGUAGGAAAUUUAGGAUUUAUAAUGACAACUCCAGCCUGCUCUGCUUGGUCAGCCUGGAUCAACAAAAGUCGACCAAAGAAAGGGAGAAAAUAUGGAGAAAGAGAAGAUACCCGGCAUUAUAUUCUGAAGCAAACUGAAGGAUUCUGCUCAGAAGGUUCGAUAAUAGCUAUUGAAUGCAGAGAAGUUAAGUCCGAUAUAGAUUAUACCGAAACUAAAGAGGAAAAAUUAGUAUGUGACUUGAACAAAGGAUUUAUCUGUCUUAACCGAAACCAACCGGAUGGAAGAUGUCAAGACUACAAGAUUAGAUACCUUUGUUCUUGUGAAGAAGUAACUACACAGCCUUCGCUUUUUAUAAAGACAACAACACCGGCCUAUAUUUAUCCUUGUGCUGAUUUUGUGCCUUUGAUCGAUGGUGAGAAACCGCUACCAGAUUCUAAUAUAAAGGCAUCUAGUAGUGCCUCAUCUAAUAGUGGACCUGAUGCUGCACGUAUGAAAGCAGGAAUUGGGAAAGCUUGGACAGCUAGCGUAGAAGAUCAAAACCAAUUUAUUGAAGUGAAUUUGGAUGAUGUCAGAGCAAUUUACGGAGUAAUCACGAAAGGUAAACCUCUCAGCAAUGAGUGGGUGACAUCCUACCAGCUUCUCUUCAGCAACGACGGCGUCUCAUACUCAUAUUACCAGGAUGAAAGUGAUAAUAAUAAGGUAUUCAGUGCUAAUUUUGAUGAUCAGAAUGAAGUGAAGCACAUUUUCAGUCGACCGUUUGAGGCUAAGUAUGUUCGUUUAGAGCCUCUGACAUGGGAAAAGAAAAUAUCUCUGCGUCUUGAACUUUUAGGAUGCUCUGAAGCUGUGCGUGGAAUUACUGAACCAACUGUUCCAGUCUCUGAACCUGUUAAACCACUGGAAGGGUGCACAACUCCCAUUGGUAUGGAAGAUAGAUCCUUCCCCGACAGCCGGUUAACAGCUUCUUCUGAAUAUGACUCUGGCCAUUCUGCGAAAUAUGGAAGACUCGGCUCUGACACUGCGUGGGUGGCAGCUGACUUAGAUUCCGAUCAAUAUUUUCAGAUUAAUUUUCCGGAAAAAGCCAAUAUUUCAGGAGUGAAAACAAAAGGUCGUCAAGAUUCUCCAGAAUGGGUAACAUCCUACAUCAUAGCUUACAGUGACGAUGGAGUUACCUGGGAAAAAAUUACUGAUAAAAAUGGUAUACCAAAAGUAUUUCUUGCUAAUACAGAUCAGUAUACAACGGUGACAAAUAUGCUCCCAAUAGUCCUUAUUACCAAAUACCUGAGAAUAAUGCCCACAGAAUGGCAAAAAUGGAUUAGCAUGCAAGUUGAAAUCUUAGCAUGUACUCCAGCCGAAAUGCAAAAGUUAAUAGCUUUAAAGCCAGCGCGUCUUCCUCGUCCUCGAGUGAAGCCUGGUGUUGGAAUUCCUGUUAUUGGACUUCCCGCUAAAGAAUGCACAAAGCCCAUGGGAUUAGAAAAUGGUUUACUUCUAGACAGCCAGUUAUCAGCAACAUCCAGUUACAGUUCAAGUUUCACCCCAGAUUUUGCCAGAAUGGGCUCAGAUUCUAUAUGGGCUGCAGCUAAUUUAAAGGAUAGGCAAUACUUGCAAGUUGAUUUCCUGGAUGAGCAAAACGUGACUGGAAUUAUCACAAAAGGAAGGGAAGAUAUACCUCAGUGGGUUACCGCUUAUACUGUUUCUUACAGCAAUGAUGGAAUUGUAUGGAAUCCCAUAAAAGGAGAUGAUGGCACCAAGAAAGAGUUUUCUGCCAAUUACGAUCCCUUUGCUUUGGUAACAAACUAUUUCCCAACGAUGAUUCGCACGAGAUUCUUGAGAAUAGAACCCACGAAAUGGAAGAAUUGGAUAAGCAUGCAAAUUGAAAUUCUCGGAUGCUACCACCCACUACCUUGCCAUGAACCAAUGGGUAUUGAAAAUGGACUUAUAACGGACUACCAGCUUUAUGCGUCUUCAUCCGUCUCAGAUGAUAUGUCGCCAGCAAAAAACCGUUUGUCCUCUGCUACUGCUUGGUCACCUGCAAAAUAUGAUCAGAAACACUUUAUUGCGGUGGACUUUCUUGAACCGACUAAUCUUACCGGAGUCAUCACAAAAGGCAAUCCAAACGCACAGGAAUGGGUGAUAUCAUAUCAUGUGUCGUACAGUAAUGAUAGCUUACGCUGGUUGAAAGUUCAAAAUCCUGAUGGUAAAAUUAAAGAGUUUCUAGGAAAUAACGAUCAAGAUUCGGCUGUGAUUAAUUUAUUCCCGUUGCCUGUCAUAGCCAGGUACCUCAGCAUUCAACCAAUAAAAUUUCAUAGAUGGACAAGUCUACGAGUUGAAGUACUCGGAUGCUAUGAAGAACAAAUCUGUCGAGAACCCAUGGGCUUGGAGAAUGGAGUACUGGCUGAUGCACAGAUAUCAGCUUCAUCUUCUGCGAACCCAGACACCAUGCCUGACCAUGUACGAAUUAAUGAUGAGUCAGGAUGGCAACCUCGCAUGUUUGAUGCAAAGCCUUAUUUGCAGGUGGAUUUUCUUGAGCCACGAGACGUUAGCGCGGUUGUUACGAAAGGCAUGAAAGACACAGACUACUGGGUAACAAAAUUCAAAGUUAUUUACAGCCAAGAUGGCGAUAGCUGGCAACCAGUAGUUGACGAGAGUGCAAAUGUUUUGGAAUUUCCAGCCAACAAAGACAGAGAUACUCCUGUGGUGAAUACCUUUCCUGAAGUUAUAGAAAGUAGAUACUUUCGCAUAAUUCCCUUAGAUUACCACGAUGCUAUAGGAUUGAGAUUGGAAUUACUUGGUUGCUAUCAUCCAUAUGAGUGUCAAGAGCCUCUUGGAAUGGAAAGUGGAUCUAUUUAUGAUUUCCAACUGUCAGCUUCAUCUUAUUCAUCCCCUACUUUGAGCCCAUCGAACGCCCGCAUGGACAGCGAUACCGCAUGGGUUGCCGAUAAGGAUGAUGAAAAUCCCUUUAUACAGGUGGAUCUGCUGACUUUCAGCAAUAUCACUGGUAUCAUGACACAAGGCAGAAAUGACGCGAACGAAUGGGUGACUUCUUAUAGAUUAGAAUAUAGCGAUGAUGGGCGAGACUGGAUAAGUGUCGACGAUGAUUCUAGCAAUAUAAUGGAAUUCAAAGGAAAUUUUGACAACGAAUCUCCCGUUACAAAUUUGUUCCCGUAUCCAAUAUUUACAAGAUUUUUGAGAAUAAAGCCAACGCAAUCCAAAUCUAGCGUCAGUCUGCGAUUUGAGAUCUUAGGUUGUUUCUAUGAAAAAGUGUGUUUGGAACCAAUGGGACUUGAAAACGAGCUCCUGCCAGACAGUCGAAUUACAGCAUCGUCUUCCCUAUCAGAGAUUAGAAGUCCGCCUUCUGUACGUUUGAGCAGUGAUGCUUCGUGGUCACCAGCUACAAUAGACGAACCACAGUUUCUUCAGGUGGAUUUUGAAAGCCCAAGGAACAUAUCGGCAGUAGUCACCAAAGGCGAUGCAAAAUUACCACAGUGGGUGACUUCAUUUCAAGUUGCUUACAGCAGUGACGAAGAUAAUUGGAUACCAGUGACUAAUGAAAAAGGAGAAGCAAUCGAAUUCCCUGCUAAUACAGAUAAUGAAUCUCCUGUGACAAGUCUAUUUCCAGAAACAUUCGAAGCUCAGUACGUCAGAAUCAUACCAACGGAUUGGAAGAACUGGAUCAGUCUUAGAGCUGAAAUACUCGGAUGUUAUCAUCCUUACGAACCAUAUAUUGAAGUGACUGUACCUCCGGAAGAAGUUUUGUCUUUAACAGCUCUACCAACAGAACCUAUAAUGGCUGUUGCAUGUCCUAAUCCUAUGGAGGCUGAAAAUACACUUUUGGUGGGAGCAAGAAUUCAAGCGAGUUCAUUUGCUCCUAACAGUUCUCCUUCACGCAUUCCACUCAAUACUGUCGGCGAGAAUGGAUUAAGCGGUGGAUGGGUGCCAGAAGUAGAAGAUCUACAUCCUGUUUUAAUGAUAGAGCUUCCAGAACCUAAAUUGCUCACUUCUAUAAAUAUGCAAGGAAGAGAAGAUGAAGAAAAUUGGGUGAAAAGCCUGAGAGUAAUAGCAAGUAUAAAUAACAGUACAUGGCUACCGGUUUUUGGUUCUGAUGGAGAUGAGGUCAUUGAAGGAAAUGAAGACCAAAACAGUGUGGUUGGCCAUUACUUCGAAAAGCCAAUGGAAGUAAAAUAUAUCAAGAUCAUUCCUGAAACUUGGCAUCGAUGGCCAAGUUUUAGGCUGGAUCUUCGAGGGUGUCAUGUUUACCCUGAAGUCACUACAGUCCCUGAGCUGGUACCUUCUCUUUGUCCUGAACUCUUAAACGAACCAGAUCUGACUACCAACUGCCCAUCUGCCUGCCCAGAUGGACUUUUGUGUAACGGUGAAGAAUGUGUUGAUCCUCUGGACUGCUCUUGUGUUAUUGAUGGGAAAAUAUUCCAGGUCAGUGACAGAGUAGAAGAUCACGCAUGCAGGCAGUGUGACUGUGCUCUUGGAGGGAGGUCUGUAUGUGCCGACAAAAAGUGUCCGCCUUGCAAAGAGGACGAAAAAUCAUCCUUAGGGACAAACUGCGAAUGUAAGUGUGAGAAAUGUUUAGACUAUGAAGUUCUUUGUCCAACUAGUCACGAAUGCAUCCCAAAGAAGAGGUGGUGUGAUGAUAUCGUGGAUUGCCCUGAUGAUGAGACGAACUGCCCAAUUACAACGGAAAUACCAGUGACUCCAAUUGCUGCUAUUCUUCCGACACCAGCUCCUGUUCCAGAAAAUGCUACAUGUGAUAUAAUGGGCAAGCAUAUCAACACAUUUGACGGCCAAGAUAUAACGUACGACAUUUGCCACCACGUCGUUAUGAAGGACAUAUUAAAUGGAAUAUUCAAUUUAUCGAUUCAUAAGAGCUGUGAUUAUGUCGGAGAUUGCAAGCACUGGAUAGAAGUAGCAUAUAGAAACCAUAAAAUCAAAGUUCACUCUAAUCUCACAGUUGAGUUCGAUGGCCAUACGUAUUCCGCAAUGCAGCUGGUUAAACUGAGCAAGAAAACAAAAUCAAGAAGAAGUCUGAUUAUCGAGAAAGUAGGAGACCAAGUUCUUAUUAAAUCAAUUGCAAGAGGCUUUACAAUUAUGUAUGAUAACAUGGCUCACCUAAAAGUAGAGGUUUCUCCAGGGUUAUUGAGAAGAUUAGGUGGUCUCUGCGGAUUCUAUUCUAGAGUACCAGAGGAUGAUCAGAAGAAACCAGACGGGAAAACAGCCUAUACCAGUCGUGAGUUUGGUGAUAGCUGGACAGUUGACUAUCUUGAGAAAGACUGCGCGCCUGUAAUUUGUCCACACGAAGUCAUGUCUAAUGCACUGGAAGAAUGUAAUAAAUUGAAGGCAGAGCCUUUCACUGAAUGUGGUAAAUUACUAUCAGUUGAAAACUUUAUUGAAUUCUGCAUGAGCUCAAUUUGUGAAUGUAUGCACCAGGGGAAAAUUUUAGAAAAAUGCAAAUGCGACAGUUUUCAACCUUUUGCCGAAGAGUGCGAAGCUAAAUUAGGGCCUAAAGCUAUCAGAACUUGGAGACUUAAACACGAAUGUGUUCCAAAAUGUCCAUCGGGAAUGGAGUGGAAUGAUUGUGGGCCGUCCUGCCAAAUCACUUGUGACAGUGCCUCUAAUACUUCAUUGGAAGAGUGUUCCGGGAAGUGUGUGCCUGGUUGUUUCUGUCCACUUGGCACGGUACUCAAUGAGGAUAUAUGUGUUCCUCCGGACCAGUGCGCUGAUCAAGUAUGUCAGGGUUUUGGUGAUCCUCAUUUUCAGACAUUCGAUGGAUUGAUCUUCCCACUCCAGGCAGAAGGAUCCUUCUUGAUCGUUGGAGAUAAAGAAAAAGACAUUGCUAUCAAUGGCUUUUCAAAAAAGUGUGGACUUUUCUCUUCAACAACCUGUCUGACAGGGCUGGAAAUUCUUUAUAAGGAAAGUAAAGUACUUAUCAAAAAGCACAAAGAGCUGAUGGUUGACAACGUUAAAGUUCCAAUGGAAAAGUUGCCAAUGUAUUCGGAAGGAAUGGUCAUCUUAGGAUACCCAGGAAGAACUUUUGUUGUUGUCAUACCACAAAUUAACUUGGAAGCCAGAUAUUACGAAGAAAAUUCUGGCUUCGCUGUCAAAAUACCUUCUAGAACGUAUUUUAACAAAACUGAGGGACUUUGCGGUAAUUGUAACGGACAAAAGGAUGAUGAGCUGAAGGAGAAACCGCUUAGUGAAUUUGUAUGCGACUUCCAGACAGAAGGAGAUAAGGAAGAAUGCAAGAAAUCACUUAUAGAACUGCCAGAUCAUAAAGAAAUGGUUCCCAUUUGCAACAAGCUUAAUGAUCCCAUUUUCGAGGCCUGUCAUCCUCUGAUAGACUUGGAUGUGUUUAUCGAUGCCUGCAGUUUUGAUUCUACACAUAGUGGAGAUUCAAAAGCCUCCUUGUGCAAAACAGCAAUGGAAUAUGGAAGGCAAUGCUGUCAAGCAGGCACAGUUAUUGAAGGAUGGCCAGAAAAAUUAGGAUGCGAUAUCCAAUGUCCUGAAGGCCUUCAAUUCGAGCAGUGCCAUCGGGGGUGUCCCCAGACAUGUGUUACUGUGAAGAAUGUGUCCUCUGAAUCCUCCUGUAGUCAUCUCAAAGCCGACGGAUGCUUCUGUCCAGAAGGCGAGGUUCUGAAAGAUGGCGUCUGUGUGGCUGUUGCCUUAUGUGAUACAUGUGACAAAGAAGGGCAUGUGCCUGGCGAUUCUUGGAAUGAUGGUGUCUGUAAGAAAUGUCAUUGCCGAGCUGAUUUGACCACAGAAUGUGAUAUUGAAGUUUGUCCAGCAAAGCCUAUCUGCUCCUUGGGUGAAAGUUUAGCGAAAGUGAAUGAUAAGGAACUGGAAUCAUCUUGUUGUGAAACUUAUGUUUGUGUUCCCAAAGAAAACGACUGUCCGCCUGUGGAUGUUCCAAAGUGCCCAAAAGGGGAAGUAGCUAAGAUAGACACCGGUAGUAGGCAUUGUCCAGAAUUCAAAUGUGAAUGUGAUCCUGCACUCUGUUCACCAGUUGUAUGGCCUGAAGAUCUCGAGGAAGGCCAAACUGCCGAAAUGGUUAACGAUUCGUGUUGUCCAAGAGUAGAAGUAACCUGCCACACUUUAUCUUGUCCCGAGAAGCCAGAAUGUGAGGCACGUUUAGAGCGCAUUGAAACAGCAGGAGAAUGUUGCACAACGUACAAAUGCAAGCCUCCAAAAGACGUUUGCGUGUAUACAUACAACUAUGAAAUUAUUGAUGGUCUCCAAUCUCCCGUGGAUCCCGCAAAUGCAAUUACUCAAGUAUAUAAGCUCGGAGAUGAAUGGAAAGACGGUUUGUGCGAGAAAUGCAGUUGCGUUGAGAGUAAAGGCCAACUUGGACCACUAUGCACUGUGGAGCAAUGUCCACUUCUGGAAGAUAAUCCAGAAAAGGAGGACUACGUAUUGCAUGAAUAUCAAGUGCCGGAAAAGUGUUGCCCAGAUAUUUUCAAAGUCCAGUGCAAAGAUGAGUUUGGUAAUGUAUACGAGGCUGAAGAACAAUGGACUGAUGAAAACGACCCAUGUAUUACUUACAUCUGCGAAAAAAAGGAUACUGGUGACGUAAGCAAAAUAAAAAGUGUAAUGAACUGCACUGAAUGUCCAAGAACUGCUACUUAUUUCCCACCUUCUAAAAUACUUGGCCAGUGUUGUGGCGUUUGCAAAAUAACGAAAUGCGAAGAUGGAGAAGAUUUAUACGAGGUAGGAGAUAGUUGGGUUAGUCGAGACCAGCCCUGUCGAAAAGCGGAAUGUAUAAACGAGUUUGGUAAAAUAAAGACAAUUUAUACCAUGCAGCCUUGUCCAGUUAUUCCUAAGGAUUGUCCAGAGGAUAAAAUUGUGUGGAAUCAAAAUGGUUGCUGUAAAAUUUGCAAUCUCACAAGUGAAAUCAGCUGCAGCACUGGCCCUAUACCUGAGGAAGAUACAAUCGGUUUCUUCACAUUCCAAGAUAUGCUCCAUGGCGGUGUAUGCGUGAAUGAAAAACCUGUAUCGCAUGUUCUUCGAUGUUCUGGUGCAUGCCAUUCACACUCAUAUUAUUCUUUGGAGGAUGGUGAUUUUAAGAACAUGUGCUUAUGCUGCAAAGUGAAUGUUACCAUCAACCGAACUAUUGAACUUCGUUGUCCAGAUGGUAAUUACAUCACAAAAACAUUCCUCCAACCAGAAUCAUGCCAGUGUUCAAAAUGUGCUCCCAAAACAAAAGAAAAAAAUACAGGCAAGACAGAUUAUAAUUCAAACCCAUGGAGUCAAUCUGAAGAAACUGAAAAUUCAUUCAAAACAUUCCAAAUAGGUCAAGAACCUGAAGAUACAGACAACUGGGAAAUUUCUCAAGCUGAAAGUUUUUCACCUUUUGAAAAAAAUACACUCUUCGAAGACAAUAAUGAAUUUUCACAAGAAGAAGAAAUAUGAGGCAUGUGUCCUCCAACUAUUAAUUAACUGACUUCCUGAAAAGACUAAAUAUGUUAUUGAUAAACAUGGAUAACUGCUAUAAAACAGGUAAAGCGGUAUUUCACAUAAAUACAGCACUGAUGAUGGACAACUAUUUCUCUUUUUAGUGCUUUGAUAUUAAUUACCCAGUGAGUGAAAAGGAUUUUGAUACAUAAUUUUAUUUUAUAAAGGAUUGUUAAAAAUCAUUUUUUAAAUAUAUUUACAAAAUGUUUCAAUUUUGUUAGAGGAUAUUUCCAUGCAAGCUCUCCUAAGGAAAUCAUCUAUGAUCUAUUCCAUAGAUACACAUGUUGAAAAAUUCAUCUGUGAGUUGUUAUUUAAAUUGCAACAAAAAUAAUAAUAAAUACAUACAUAAAGUUUAAACUCUUCUGUCCGAAAAAAAUCACACACACACGCAAAAAAAAAAAAAAAAAAAACUUCAUACCUUCUUUGUAAUGAUUCAGAAAUAAACUUGGUUGUGAAUACAGCACACAUUUCAAUACUUAAAAUUAAUUUGCAUUCAUGUGAAACAAAAUAUAAAGAAAAUUUCAACAGAGAGUCCAAGUGGAAACCUUAAGUGUCUCUUGAAAAUAACCUUCUUGUAAAAAGGUUCUUCUUAGACCUUCUUAUGAGAAGACCUCUUUAAGUAAGUAUUAUUAUAAAAUUAUCUUGCAAUUACUUAAUAUGCAAGAAAUUUCAGUCCAAUGCAGUUAUAACCUAGAGCAGUAAUUUUCAGUAUUUUCAAAUUGACAGUCCAUUUAACCAUGAUAUUCUGAUAAAAUAAUUUAAAUUCUAAACUGUUACUAUUUUAAUUGCAGAUACUAUAUUCUCAUUUUCUCAUUCAUAUACUAAAUUGACAAUCUACCAUGCAAACCAUCUUGAAGACACAUCAAAUUUUUAUCUGCUUAGAUUUCAUCAUUUUCAAUGCAAAAAUAUAUUCUCUUCUCACAAUCAUAUCUAAAAAAAAAAAAAAAAAAAAAAAAAAAAAAAAAAAACUUUAA